CUGCCACGGCCGACAGCUGAAUUGGAUCUCCCUCUCGUCGCCUGACUAGGUGCUCUACGAAGACGACGAUAUCGCAGUUGUCUGGAAGCCCAGUGGGGUCACCGUCUCCCGUUUCGACGCCAAGACACUCGAGACGGCCCUGCGACAUAUCCUCCAGCCAGUCCCGAGCCAAUACCCCCGAGCCGCUCUAGCGAUGCCUUCCUGCAUUGUGUCUCUCGACAAAGCCACUCCCGGACUUGUCCUCUGCCUCAAGACGCAAGAAGCAGAGACGGCGGUGCGCCAAAUGGUUGCCGAUGGGCUGGUCGAGUUCCGCUGGACGGCUCUCUGUCUCGGCGAUCUGUCUGCACAUCCGCUUGUACAGACUGGGGACCAUCCGACAAGCUUUAUAGUCAGCGAGCCACUCGAUGGGGUAGCUGCCGCAACCAAGUGUGCCAUCAUCGCAACCGUCCCGACUCGCAACCACCCUUCCGGCUACUUGACCCUGGUAGAGCUCACGCCCCAAAACGGCAUGCUGCCGCAAACCAAGUAUCAGGUCCGCCUGCACCUCGAGUGCCUCGGCCAUUCCGUCAUUGGAAACGGCAAACACACGGCGGACUUUCGCACAGCCCGAGGCAAGGGGAUCUUCCUCGCUCUCGUCGGUGUCUCGCUGCAGCAUCCCUUCACGCAGCAGCGCCUUGAUGUCGAGCACGGUCCGCCGGCCAAGUUCGAGGCGCUUUGCUCGAGAGAGGAACAGACCGUCCGCAAGAAGCGCGAGCUGGAGCUUGAGGAGCUGAAGCAGCAUCGGGAACAACUUGAGGCCCAGGGACUGAGCAUCUCCUCAGAGCACCCGACGCUCCACUCAAACGGCAUCUCGGAAGUUCCUCUUGCUUACAUCACCGGGACCAAGCGUUUCUUUCGGCACAACUUCCAUGUCAACUCCUCUGUGCUGAUCCCGCGUCAAGGCACCGAGACUCUGGUCCAAGCAUCGAUCGAGCUGCUCCAGCCAAGAUCCGACGCUGGUCAGUCCGUGCGCGUCCUCGAUCUGGGCACCGGAUCAGGGUGUCUUCUCAUCUCGAUCCUGGCAAGCUUGGCUGGCUCGGUAGGUGUCGGGCUUGAUAUAUCCCCAGAGGCCCUCGACAUUGCCCAGAGAAACGCCCAGGACAACGGCGUUGCAUCGCGUGCCCGGUUCGCUGUCGGUACAUUUGAAAGGAUCUACGAGUCGCUCGAGCCUGAUGGCGCGCAGAAUCCGAUGCCCUUUGAUCUCGUUGUCUGCAACCCCCCGUACCUGUCCCAUCGCAAGGCACGGCUGCUGGAGGGCCGCACACUGAACGCCGAGCCCGCCGAAGCACUUGUCAGCGGCGCGACCGGAAUGGAGGCCUACGAAGCCAUCAUCGCCGGGCUGGACGCACUCCAUCGCAACUCUGGUCUGAGCUCGGAUGCCAUCCUGGUUCUGGAGAUUGGACAUGGCAUGGCGCAUGAUGUCGGGGCACUCUUCAGCCGCACACCAAUAUGGUUGCUCACGGAGUGCCGGACUGACGCAAAUGGACUGGAUCGCUGUCUGGUUUACCGGCUUAUGCCUUCAAACCUGUGCCUCUGAGCUCGACCAAACCGAUCCAGCUUUGGGACGAAGAGCCCCGGUUGCUGCUCCGAGGAUUCUGUGGCUCCAUGGCUCGCUCAAGACAAGCGACUCUGUCAAGUUCCAAAACAC